GCUUUAUAUAAACAACAAACACAGAGCUGCUCUCUUCUCAUCGUUGAACCCACCACCACCAAACACACAGCUGCACCACAAACCUCUCUGCAACUGCAACUGACCAUACGAGAAGACACGACACAUCGGCACCCACCAGCCAUGGCCCCCGACGAGAGAUCCUGCGCCGUCCUCCGCUUCGCCGCCGACGAGGCGGCCCCGCCGGAGACCCUCCACCUCGUGCUCAUGCAGCGGCUCCGCCUCCGCCGCGCGGCGCAGGGUUGGCUACGCCCCAUCGCCGAGGAGGAAGACUUCGCUGGCAGCAGCAACGAACACGACGACAACGUCCUCGCGCGCUCGCCCAGCGCACACAGCAGCAGCGCAACCGUCCACCUUGGCCAGUGUCGUCGUGGAUGAGCUGGAUCAACUAGACACAGUGUUUAGCACUACUAGCUAGUAGGAAGUCGAUCUCCUCUGUAUCCGUGGUAUGUGAAUGUACUCCGCAGUUCAUGCGUGCGAGCUGUAAUUAGCACAUCCAUUUUAUCUGCCAUCAAUGGAUACUGCUGCAACAACUGUGAGAAUUUGCUGGCUGUCAACCAUGCUGAUGCUAGUGAAGAUCUCUUUCUUGCUCCUUGUUCAGCUCUGAACCUGAAGAAAACUCUGCUUCUUCUGUGCACCGCUCUCGACUCGCGAAGACAUAUUACGUGUAAUCCGUUUUCACCGUUUUUUUUUAUCUUUUGGGUCAGUCCAUGCCAUUCCUUCUUCUACACUUUGGAAAAUACGGACGACUUUUGGUCUUCUUUUACGAAUCAA